AUGAUACCGCGGCGUGAUCUGAUCGAGUCGCGAACGGCGGCUCACGCGAGCAGACUGUUGCUCGCGGCCGGGCCGAGGCUGCGCGCGCACAUUCAAAGGCCGGAGCCCCUCCCGCUCCUCACAAAACCGUUGGCCCGCCAAGCCGCCACGCGCCAACCUUACGGUGACAUGCUCUUCUUUGUCUCUAACUUAAUUGUAACAUUAUCUGCGAAUGAACUCAUCUGUGCCUGA